AUGUCACGGAACGCGCAAGUUUCGACACAAAUUGAAUUAAUUGCUCAGGAUACAAAUCUGAUAGAAAAUUUGAAAAUUGUAAGUUUCAUUCUAAAUUUAGAAGUUGAAAAAUUAAAUUUUCAGCUCCCUUCGAAUUAUUCAUUUGAAGUUCCAAAGACAAUUUGGAAAAUUCGAUCAACUGGGAGUAAAUACGGUAUAUUUAAAGGGAGGGGAGAAUUUUUGUUUUUAAAAAAUUGCGAAAUUUUGAGCUCGAGAAAAACUUCUUGGCUCGGGAAAUUUUUAAAUUUUAGCCCCAAUAAUCUUAACCCUGAUCAAUAAUUGUUUUCCAGUCGCCUUGCAAUUCCCCGAAGGUCUAAUAAUGUAUUCGUGUAUAAUUGCCGAUAUUCUCGAAAAAUACACCGAAUGUGACACGGUUAUUAUGGGAGACGUUACUUAUGGUGCAUGUUGUGUUGAUGAUUAUACAGCCAAAUCAAUGGGAUGCGAUUUAUUAGUGCAUUAUGGACAUAGUUGUUUGGUGCCAAUUCAAAAUACCGAAGGAAUUGCGAUGCUUUAUGUAUUCGUGAAUAUUGAUAUCAAUUUAUCGCAUUUUAUUGAUUGUGUGCGAGAUAAUUUUGAUGGGAAGAGAUUGGCAUUGGUUAGCACUGUUCAAUUUAUUCCCUCGCUACAGGUUAGUUGGUUUGGGAGGGGAAGAUGGGGGAAUGUUAAGAAGAGAAGAUUUUCUCCUCUUUUGGAAUUUCACUAAGCCUUAAAUUUUUAAAAUUUUCCAGCAUUCAAAACUUAAAAUUAUUUUUCUCAAAAACCGUUUAUUUCCGAAAAGAGCCGAUUUCGGAUAUUUUUUGUAAAAAUUUUAAAUGAUAUUUUUCAGACAGUAAAAACAACAUUCAAUGUUGAUGGAAGUCAAAUACAUGUUGAAAUUCCUCAAUGUAAACCUUUGUCACCUGGAGAGAUUCUUGGAUGUACUUCUCCGAAAUUGGUUGAGAAAGAUUUCGAUGCUAUUAUGUAAGGAAAUGUUUUCAAUUUUUAAUAUUCUUUUACCUGAAAUUAAUUUCAGUUAUCUUGGAGAUGGUCGAUUUCAUUUAGAAUCAAUAAUGAUGCAUAAUCCAACCAUCAAAGCCUAUCAAUAUGAUCCAUAUUCGCGAAAAUUGACGCAAGAAUACUAUGAUCACGAUGAAAUGCGAAAAAAUCGAAAAAACGCCAUUGAAAUUGCGAAAAAAUGCACAACUUUCGGACUGAUUCAAGGAACAUUGGGAAGACAGGGAAAUGUGAGAAUUAUCGAGGAUUUAGAGGAGCGAUUAUUGGAGAAGGGAAAGAAAUUUGUGAGAGUUUUGCUGUCGGAAAUAUUUCCCGAUAAAUUGCAAAUGAUGCCAGAAGUUGAUUGGUGAGAGAUUUUAGCCUAAAAAUUAAAAAAAAAUCACAAUUUUCAGUUGGAUACAAGUUGCAUGUCCAAGAUUAUCGAUUGAUUGGGGAACACAAUUUCCAAAACCUUUGCUUUAUCCAUUUGAAUUAGCUGUAGCUCUUGAUUCAGUGAGUUUCUUUUUAAUUUUUUCGAGUAGUCUAAUUUAGCCCUAACCCUAUUUUUCCUACAGAUCUCAAUCCCGAAAGAUCAUUGGCCUAUGGAUUUUUAUUCGAAUGAUUCUUUGGGACCAUGGACUAAUAAUAAUGAAAAGCAUCGACCAAAAAGAGAAAGAAAAAAGAAGCAUAUUGUUAUUUCACAAGAAAAUUAG